AUGAAGAGUUAAAGUAUAUACAAAAAAUCAAAUCCAAUCAGAUCCACCUGUAUCAAAUCUAUUGAGGCUAAUCAAGAGUUCUAUUUAGCUGUUAUUGAAUAAUAAAUGUGUGUAAGUAUUUGUGCAUAUAAUGAAUAAACUGGAGAAGUUUUUGUCACUUAAUUUUUAGAUUGUACUUCUUUUAAUAUUACUUCAUCAACAAUACUUAGAUUUGCUCCUAAAAUCUUAAUUUCUAUAGAAAACAAUGAAAAAAGCAUGUUUUUUAAAUAAUUAGAAGAUGAAUUGAAUGAUACCUUAAUUUAUUUUCUACCUUUAAAUGUUUUGUAAAUUAAAUUCGAACUCAAUCAGUUUAGUAAAUUUGUUAAAUAAUUAAAUUAACUAUAAUUAUGCUAUACAGCAUUGUCCUAUACUGUAAAUUAACACUUGAACAUUAUGAUUAACAAUUUACCUGUUCAAUUUUAUAAUAUAAAGGAAGUCUUGGUGUUUAAUAUUUAAACUACAUUAAGUUUGGAUAUAUUAAAUCAAUUAUAUAAACUUUUUAAGCCAAUUACAAAUGGAGGUAAAAGAUUGCUUAAAGCAAAUCUACUUUAACCAUUUAGCACAUUAUAAAUGAUACUUGUUAGAUAAUAAAAUGUUAAAGAAAUCUUAAGUAAAGAUGAUUCCAUCAUUCAAACCUUAAAAUCACAUUUGAUUAAAUUUAAAUAAGUUGAUACCUUAGCUUGUUAAUUGUAAAGCAAAAGCAUAAAAUUAUCAGAUUAGUUAUAAUAGAUAUUUAAAAUCUACAACUUUUAAAAGGAUAUCAUUAAUUUUACACAUUACUUAAAUGAUUAAAAAUUGAAUACUAUAAUGGAUAUAGAUAUCAAUGGUAUAUUGAUGAGUGAUGAAUUUCAAACUAUUAAAUAAUAGAUAGAAUAAUAUAUUGAUGUAACAUUAUAAUUGAGUAAUAUUGAAGAAGAUACUCUCUAUUUUAUUAUGUUAAAUGAGAAAUCUAACAAUUUAAAAUAAAAUCGAUUAUAAUUUAUUCAACUAAGAUAGGAAAUUAAUAAUAUGUAUUAAAAAUUAUUGUCUUGUUUUUGUCUAAAUUUAAAAUGCAAAAAAUUAAAAACCAAUGAAAAUUCAAUAAAAUGUCUUAAAAGUGGAUAUAUAUUCGAAUUAUCUGUGAAUGAAGCAAACAGGAACAAUAUCAAUGAAUUAGAUAUUAAAAGAAUAAUUGAAAAAGAGAAUGAUUAAAUUUCUUUCAUUGAUAAAAACAAUAAAAAAUACAGUAUUCUAACUGAAAAGCUUAAAGAUUUGAACAUAAAGUUAAAUGACUGUACUAUGAAUAUACUAUCUGAAACAUAACUUUAAGUUAACAAUCUUUAUGAAUAGAUGUAGAAACUUUGUUCUUGGAUAUUUUCACUCAAUUGUUUAAUCAGUCAAUUUGAUAUUGCACUUUCUAUAAGAGAUUACACCAUAUAAAAUGUAUCUAGUAAAUAAUAAAUGAUCUUCCCUUAAUUUGAUUUCAACUAAUUUAUAAUCAAAGAUGCCUCUUAUUUAUAUACUAUCAACAAUCAUGAUGCAUUUAAUAAAUUAACUAUUUCUUUUAAUUAAUUCAAUAUCAUUUAUGAUUAUAAGGAAUGUUUAUCAGAAUAAUUGAAAUUAAUUGGAUAAUUUGUUAUCCUAUCUCAAAUUGGAUGCACACUUCCUUGCUCAUAAUUCAAACUACAAUUAUUAAGUAGUUUAUACACUCAUUUUCAAAAAUAUACUAUUUAGAAUUUAGCAGAGAGAUAAUCUUCAUUUACUGCUGAAAUUCAAUCAUUAAACAAUCUUCUAGUAUCUGAAUUAAAAGAUUCAUUAAUUUUAUGUGAUUCUUUAGCUAUUUCAUCUUCACAUGAAUCCAAUGUGUCUUUUAGUAUCUCAUUUUUAGAGGCUAUAUUCAAAAAAACUCAUUUUGGACUUUUUGGAACAUAGAAUUCUGAUAUUAUGCAAAUUAAUGAUCUAAUAUAAUGUAGAUGCAUGAUUUCAAAAAACAAUCAAAUUGAUUAUAUAUAAUAAAAUGAAUUAGAAGUAAAUUAUUUAAAUGAUUUAGCAAAUCCUUGAUGAAGAAUUCAAUUUAGAUUAUAAGUUAAAAUUACUCAAUAAAUUAUCAUAGACCUUUGAUUUUCCUUCCACUUUUUGUUUGAUUUUUGAACGCAAUUUUAAUAAACAAUAUGUUUGA